GUACGUGCCAAGGGCAAAAGAUACAACAGCACCAUUCGAGAUCUUGGCACUUGCCAGUCAUCUCGACGAUGGGCAACCUCGUCGUCGCGAUGAAGGCUGCGUUAGACGACCUCGGGACAAAGCAGCGGCGGGUUCUUCUGCUGGGCCUGGACGCGGCCGGGAAAACGACCAUCUUGUACCAGCUCAAGCUGCACGAAGCUGUCCACACGAUUCCGACCGUGGGGUUGAAUGUCGAGAAGUUCCAGUACAAGAACAUCCGCUUUACAGCUUGGGACAUGGGUGGCCAGGACAAACUCCGACCGCUGUGGCGACACUACCACCAAGACACCGACGCCGUCAUCUUUGUCGUCGACUCCACAGACAAACGCCGCCUACGCGAAGCCACGGAAGAGCUCCACCGCAUGCUGUCUGAGCACGACCUCCGACACACCAAGCUCCUCUUGUACAUGAACAAGGUCGACCUACCAAACGCCAUGACCGCCGUUGAAGUCGUCGAAAAGAUGAAGUUGGCCAACCUGUGCCAGGUCCACUGGUUCAUUCAAGCGUGUUCGGCUGUCCACAACGUCGGACUCGAUGAAGGCCUCGAUUGGCUUCGCCACGUCCUUUCGUGAGCGAUCGCCGUCGACAGGUUGUGUUCGUGUCGACAGUAUGUCUGCAUUGUGGUCGUCACCAUCGUGUUCACGAGCCCCAUCGCACGAUGUGUCCCCAGGGAGCUGCCACCCCUCGAUCGUCGUGAUGUGUCCGUCAAAAGCGGAGGCGUUGCGGAGCGCGCGAGUCCAUGACUGCACAGGCCGUGGAAAACUAGCGGCGGCAACGCGACAGGGAUCGCCCAUCCAGUCGACGAAAGAAAAACGACUCUGUUUCGUUCAGCACAUCUCACGCGUG